CUGAGUAGGAAUAGUGCAGCAGAGGACAAAAAAAUUGGCUUCAAAACUAAAAGCGAAGUCGACAUUUGAUAUUGCUUUCACUUUCUCUCGAGUUCAUAGGCUCCAGGUCUUUCGUCCUUUGAACUCCGGAGCUGUAUUUUUUUUUCCAUAUCGGGUCUUUUUCUUCGCGGGAUUUCCUUUUGUUGGAGAAUGUUGCUGGUAUUAGUGCUGGUGUCUUAACGUUUUUUGAGUUUGAGGUUUGGUUACAACGUCUUUCUCUGUGUGAAGAACAGAGACUUCAUAACCAUGAAAAAUGUUGUUCUCAUUCGAACAAUCGCAAAUCGUUAUGCAUUCCAAUUGCAACUCUGUGACGCUCGAAACCCCUUGUCCUUUUCUAUUGCUCGUACUGUCCAUGCCCACAUGAUAUGCUAUGGCUUCAAGCCACAUGGCCAUAUACUCAACCGUCUGAUCGAUAUCUACUGCAAAUCAUCAAAACUUAUCAACGCUCGUCGACUGUUCGACGAAAUUCCCCAACAAGACGUCGUCUCUAGAACGACGUUAAUUACUGCAUAUUCUGCUUCGGGGAAUCUAAACAUGUGCCGUGAAAUAUUUAGCAAAACCCCAUUAAACUUACGCGACACCGUUUUUUAUAAUGCGAUGAUCACGGCAUAUUCUCAUAAUAAUGAUGGUCUUGCCGCUAUUGAAUUGUUUCGUGAUAUGAUGCGUGAUGAUUUCAGGCCAGAUAAUUUUACUUUUACCAGUGUUCUUAGUGCCUUGGGGCUUAUUGCUGAUGAGGAAUAUGGGUGUAUGCAAAUGCACUCUGCGGUUGUGAAGUCGGGAGCUGGCCUUUUUACUUCUGUAUUGAAUGCACUUGUAUCUGUUUAUGUUAAAUGUGCGUCUUCACCAUUUGUUUCAUCAGUUUCAUUGAUGAGUAUGGCCAGGAAAGUAUAUGACGAGAUGCCUGAGAGAGAUGAGUUGUCGUGGACCACGAUGAUUACCGGGUAUGUGAAGAAUGGUGAUCUUGAUGCAGCCCGUGAGUUUCUAGACAGGAUGAGUGAAAAAGUGGGCGUCGCUUGGAAUGCAAUGAUGUCUGGUUAUGUGCAUCAGGAAUAUUAUCAAGAAGCAUUAGAAAUAUUCAGGAAGAUGCUUUCACUGGGAAUUCAGCUGGAUGAGUUUACGUACACAAGUGUUAUUAGUGCUUGUUCUAAUGCUGGAUUGUUACGGCUCGGAAAGGAGGUGCAUGCUUACUUUUUGAAAAUGGAGGCGAAGCCUACACAAGAAUUUUCAUUGCCGGUGAAUAAUGCACUAGUUACAUUGUACUGGAAAUGUGGCAAAGUUGACAAGGCUAGAGAUAUUUUUAAUCAGAUGCCAGUGAAGGACCUAGUUUCAUGGAAUGGAAUUUUAUCAGCUUAUGUGAGUGUUGGUCGUAUUGAUGAAGCUAAAUCAUUUUUUGGGGAAAUGAAGGAGAAGAAUCUUCUGACAUGGACUGUGAUGAUUUCAGGAUUAGCACAAAAUGGGCUUGGGGAAGACGGUUUGAAGCUAUUUAGCCAGAUGAGAUUAGAGGGUUGUGAACCAUGUGAUUAUGCAUUUGCAGGAGCAAUUACUUCUAGUGCUGUACUUGGAGCAUUGGAGAAUGGACGCCAGCUCCAUGCUCAACUUGUUCGGUUUGGGUAUGAGUCAAGCCUUUCUGCAGGAAAUGCACUGAUAACCAUGUAUGCAAGGUGUGGCCUUGUUGAGGCUGCCAGCUGUUUGUUCAGAACAAUGCCUUUUGUGGACUCAAUAUCUUGGAAUGCUAUGAUUGCAGCUCUAGGGCAACAUGGACAUGGUGUUCAAGCAAUAGAAUUUUAUGAACAAAUGUUGAAAGAAGGUAUAUUACCAGAUCGAAUAACUUUCCUUACAAUUCUCUCUGCUUGUAGCCAUGCAGGUUUAGUCAAAGAAGGAUGCCAUUAUUUUGAUUCAAUGUAUAGCCUUUAUGGUAUAACUCCUGGUGAAGAUCAUUAUGCCCGUUUUAUUGAUUUGUUGUGUCGAGCUGGAAAAUUCUCAGAAGCAAAGGAUGUGAUUGAAAGAAUGCCAUUCAAACGUGGUGCCCCAAUUUGGGAGGCUCUUCUUGCUGGUUGUCGUAUUCAUGGAAACAUGGAUUUGGGGAUUCAAGCUGCUGAACAACUUUUUGAGCUUAUGCCGCAACAUGAUGGAACGUAUGUACUUUUGUCAAAUAUGUAUGCCACUUUGCGGAAAUGGGAUGAUGUGGCUAAAGUGCGAAAAUUAAUGAGGGAUAGAGGAAUAAAGAAGGAGCCUGCUUGUAGUUGGAUUGAGGUUGAAAAUAACGUCCAUGUAUUUUUGGUUGAUGACACUGUGCAUCCUGAGGUGCAAGCAGUUUACAAAUAUCUUGAGCAACUGGGAAUGGAGAUGAGAAAAUUAGGGUAUGUCCCUGACACAAAGUUUGUGUUGCAUGAUAUGGAAUCCGAUCAAAAGGAGUAUGCCUUGUCUACUCAUAGUGAGAAGCUUGCAGUUGCAUAUGGACUCAUGAAACUUCCCCGUGGAGCCACAAUUAGGAUUUUCAAGAACCUUAGGAUUUGUGGGGACUGUCACAAUGCAUUCAAGUUCAUAUCGAAAGUGGCUGCAAGAGAGAUAGUUGUAAGAGAUGGGAAAAGAUUUCAUCAUUUCAGGGAUGGUGAAUGCUCCUGUGGUAAUUACUGGUAGGCACAGAUUCUUUUAUUUAAAGAGAGUUUAAGUGGAGCAUUGCCACAAUGCAUACAACUUAUUAUGUUGCGCAGGAUGUUAAUUACACACAGUUACUGAGAAGAAGAUGCAAAUACAUGAGUCAUGUCGUCAGAAUGUUGCUGCAUAUUCCUCCAAUUCAGGUGAGAAGUCAUGUCAUCAAAAUGUUAGUAACACUUAAGAGGGUUGGUCCUGCUGCGCUUGGCACUCCAGGUUAUACUUUCUACCUUGGAAGAUCUUUAA